AUGCCCCGCGGCUACUACCUCGGACAGGGCCUGAUCCCACUUGGUGAACACAGCAGCGAUGACGACGAAGGUCCUUGCGAGCUUCCAGAUGGGCGCAUCGUCUGCGGCCCGCAUGGCCUAACUGUCUGUGGCAAAUGCUGCAUGGACUUCAGCUUCAUGGAUGAAUUAAGGGACGAGGCCGACGACGACGACUACGACGACGACUACGACGACGGUGACAACGACGGCGAGCAUUCCCUUCAGGUGGAGGCCGACCAGGACAUGUUCGACCCAUCUCACAGUACUCGAAGGGAAUAUGGCAGUGUAUUCCCUACCGAAUUUACAGAGAUCGGCCCCCCUCUUGAAUUAUUCCAGGCCGAGCGUCGUCGCGUUGGCCUUGGAGUAAACAGAUACGUCCACAGAAACGAUCCUGGCAAGGUGCUGAUCAUGACGGAUGGUGCGUGUGCGAAUAAUGGCGCACCCAACCCCAAGGCCGGCUGGGCAUUUGUCGCUGGUCCAGGACAAGUUAUCAGCGCCCGGCUAGAGACCCAAGGCCCUUUUGGCGACCCAGGAAUCCAAAGCAGCAACAGAGCUGAGCUUCGAGCUGUCAUCGCGGCUCUCGGUUUUCGAGUCUGGGCGGGGGAAGGAUUUCGACAUGUUGUCAUUGCUACAGACUCUGAUUAUGUCGUGAAGGGCUCUACACAGUGGACUAGAACCUGGAUUAGCAAUGGCUGGAAGACGAGUAGCGGGGCCGAUGUGAAAAAUAAGGAUCUGUGGGAAAAGCUAUUGUGUGAGGUAGAACGGCACAACGACGAGGACGGCUUGUUGAUUCAGAUGUGGCAUAUUCCCAGAGAGUACAACACGGUGGCAGAUUCACGGGCGAAAGCUGCCACCGAGGUCGACGAGGCACCCACACGUUGGACCCCCGUACUUGGGGUGGCAGCAUAA